AUGAACUAGAAGUGGAUUAAUCAGAAAAUGCUGAUCAUAUUUUGCAUACUAUUGAGCUUCAAUGUUUGUCGGUGCACAGAUGAUCUGUUCUUUGGAACAAAGACUAUGGGUGCUGGAGAAAAUGUGACUCUGACAUGUGCGCGCCCAGCAUCUGAUUAUGAUGCUACCUUGUAUUGGAUCAGGAUUGUUUCUGGAAGCUGGCCUGAAUUCUUGGGAGGAACAUUUGCCUUUGAUUAUGUUGGUGUUAACAAGACUCCUCACAUUACGACAAAACAAGAACCUGGAACAUUUAUUCUGGAAAUAACUGAAGUUAAUCAAAGUGAUACUGGUCUUUACUACUGCAUAAAAGUUAAACUGCUUGCUAUGACAUUUUUAAAGGGAACAUUUCUGAGAAUUAAAGGACUAGAACCAACUAUCAAUGAUACCAUUCAAGUGUUUCCAUCUGAUUAUGUCCAUCCAGGAGACCCAGUGACUCUGCAGUGUUCAGUUCUCUCUAACCCAGAGAACAAAACAUGUCCUCAAAAUCACAGUGUGUUUUGGUUCAGUGUUAGAUCUGAUAAAUCUCAUCCUAAUGUAAUUUAUACAAAUGAAAACAGUGAUAAAUGUGAGAAGAUUCAAGAGGCUUCCUUCACACAGAAAUGUGUCUACAGCUUCUCCAAGAAUGUCAGCUCUGAUGAUGCCGGGUCGUACUACUGUGCUGUGGCCACAUGUGGACAGAUCAUUUUUGGUAAUGGAAUAAGACUGGACGUUACAGCAGUCACCACAUGGAAUUUGCAGAAGGCCAAUACAGCCAUCUUUCUGUUAUGUGCUGGUUUGGUUACAAGUCUGGUUGUUAUCGCCUUCCUCAUUUAUACCAUCAAGGAGAAAAAAUGUAAUUGUUGCAAAGCUAAAAUUUCUGUGUUUCAAACAGAUGUUGGAACAGUCAGUGGUGAGGAGCAGAGUCAGCAGACAGUUGAAGAUUCAGUGGUUUAUUCAUCAACAACUUUCACCUGGAGAAAAACUGACAAAGUGGAGCAAAGGAGUUCCAGGAAAGCAGAGGAAAAGACAGUCUACACUGGUGUGAGAGAUUUGUAGCAGAUCAAAAAUUCACCUGUGGAAAAUGCUAAUCACUAAAACCUGAGCUUUUCUGAAAAUAUGUGGGAAAAUGUAGCACCAUAAACACCACAGGGCCUCUGUUUCACUUCUAAAAAUGCUAAUGUAAUAUUUGAACAAUAUAUUAAAACAAUAUAUUGUGUAAUAUGCAGUUUUUGCCUUGUAUUUAGUAUUGUGAUUUUAAUUUCAUUUUAAUCUCAGAAAACUCUGAAAAGUUAGGCAGUCAUUUUAAUAAUAAAAUAAAUAAUAAUAAAACUAU